GCGGCCCGCCAGUGUCCGCUACGAUCCCGGCUAGUUGGGAUGUGUUGAGUUGAGCUUCUUGCUGCUCGUUCCAGUGAUACUCAGUGUUGCAACAGUGUCAGUCUUGCCAGAUCCUCUCUCUCCCAUAUAAGCAAAUAGCAAUCAUUUCUCCAAAAAUAAUAUAUGUGCAUUAUUCUGUGAGUUAGUGGGGGGGAGGGAAAUAAGUGAAAUCAUAAAAUGGAUUCUUUCGUUUACUGGUGGGAAUGAUUUGGAGUCGCAGAGAAUUGUUAAAGAUCAUGUAGGCGAAGUUCAUCUGUUGUGAGGUGACCCAGAUUGGUCGAACACAAGAUGAAAUCCCUAACAAUCGUACUGCUAGACGCCAUCCUUGUGGCUUCCUUCGUUGAGGACUCAGUUACGGCCGGGAAGCGAGCGGAGUGGCAGCCUCGCAGGACGAAGGGCGCCCUUGAGACACACAGGUUUAAUACAGGCACGUGGACGCCAGACCCCCGCCUCCUGCUGGGGGAGUACGAGGAGGAGACUCCAAUAAGAGACACCAACGCUUACUUCAUGACCGAUAACAACACUGUUAUCACCGUACAGGUGGGAACCACAGCAGCUCUCAGGUGCCAAGUCUUCGAUGUUGCUGACCAUGAGACGGUAUCGUGGAUCAGACGGAGGGAUCACCAUAUCAUCACCGUGGGAUCCAAUACCUAUUCUAACGACGAACGCUUCCAGGUUACCUAUUCUGAAAAGACACAGGACUGGACGUUACACGUACGAUACGCCCAGACGCACGACGCGGGCGUAUACGAGUGCCAACUCUCCGCACAUCCACCCAUAGCUGUUUUCACUACCCUUAAUGUUAUCGAGGCGGUGGCAGAGAUCGGUGGAGGGUCGGAACGGUACGUACAAAUCGGCAGCUCCGUCCAACUCACCUGUACACUCAAGUACUUCACCGAGCCACCCACGUACGUCUUCUGGUACCACGCCGAGCACAUGGUCAACUACGACUCAAACAACCGGAUAACGGUAGCGAACGGUAUUAGCGAGAGUGAGUUGAGGAUCUCGCAAGUGACGAAAGCGGACAGUGGCAACUACACCUGCCAGCCUGCCAACGCCCGCCCCGCCUCCGUCUCUCUCCACAUAAUUACAGGCGAGACUCCGGCAGCCAUGCAGCGGGCUAGUGCCACUGAGGUACAAUACCGCCUCAGCAUAACGCUGAUAUCUUCCCUUUUGGCACUGGUUGCUUUGUAGGCAGUGCCAGGGACGCCGCCAUAUUCCUAAAACUUGAGUUUGUAUCCCGUGUCAUUCCUUCCUUUUGCCAGCACGCCUCCAGAUGCCCUCGGCUGCAACACUGCAGCCCAAACACUGCCCGUUGUCAGCCUUGACCGGGAGUCAGAUGACGACUUGGGCAACUAAUUCAGAGACAGCUGCCGUGGCGACUCACUCUACGCGGCAGAUAUCGACAAAACAUGGAUGGAAUGGCAACGAACAAUACUAUACAGCGUGUACUUCCAUGACGUUGAUUCAACUUGAAAAACAUCCGCCAGGUCUGUGAUUCACUAAGAGCGAAUGAGGCUGUAAAUACAUUUUUUCUAUGUGAUGGAUGUGUAAGAGAUGGCAGUAACAGCACCAUUCUGUACAAUAGUGACGUUAAACACAUCCUUUGAAAAGUGUAAUACAGUGAAUUAUCACUGUAAGGCACUGGAAACACUGGCAGAAAUGAACAGCAGCAGUCUGAAGAGGUUGUCUAAGAAAACAGUAUGACUUAAGUUCGAUGUUUUGUCUGUUUUAAGGGUAAACAGACUUCAGUGUUACCUAAUGAAGAAAAUCUUAUAAAUAUUUUUUCAGGGAAAAUCAUUUGAAGUGUUUAGUGCGUACCUGAGAUAAGCAAGAAAUACUGGGCCUAUUGUUUGCUCGACUGUGUCUAAAACGGCGAAUUAGUGUAAAAUAACUUUUAAGGCUUAGACACAGGAUCAAAUACUUUUGUCAUUGUUACAUUGCUGGGUUCUAUUGGUCUGUCUUGCCAUCGGAAACCUAAACGUUAUUGAAAUUUCCCGCACUAUCAAACGUGUAUAUGAAAUUGGUAGUGUUUUCCAGCCAACAAAAUGUGUCAAAAGUGUUUAACAAAAAAAUUGUAUAACACUUUUCAUCAUGGUGUUGAUUGCAGUGUUGCUGCUUUUCUGGUCGUUGUGAAGUGAUGCUGUGAGUGUACCAGUGGCCACAGUGGCGUGGUGGUGCAGGUGCCACACUAUUGGUGUUACAUGUUAUUGGCCGCGUUCUCAGCUGAUCCCAGCGAGUGGACUAAACGCGUCGUCGCGUCGUGAGGCAUUGAGCUGCCUCACCCUUAAACCAGUUAAUAUAUUGCGUAUCAAAUGAAUAACUAUGCUACUGAGUGCACAAGACACUCUACCAGACUCGCCCAUCUUGCUGAGUGCAAAAAACUAAAACAGAAUUAACAAAAAUGUUGCCUUUGAAGUGCACUAUAUUUUGACAUAACCAAAUUCUACAUAAGAAAAUGAUCAGACAUUCGCAACAAAUCCUCAGUCUGGAGGAAACUUUUGACGACAUUUAGGUCCUUCCAUAACUAUUACUGACUUCAUAAUCGUACAGGAUCGAUCGAGACGUCGGCUGAAGCUUCAUCUCCAGGUUGUAGAUUACUUGUUAACUGUUCCUGUUACGGUAUUGUGACUUUUAUUCUUCUUGUACUGACAUUUCAUUGCCCGUCGCUGUGAUCAGUGAUCAACUACGUUCUGAGAUUCAGACUUCGUUAAAUUUUCUGAAAUUAGAUUCCAGUCAUACUUUUCCCAGCGAACAGUAUUAGAUAAAUCAUAUAUAUGAGAAAACAUAUUUAAGUCCAUAGUUAAAAUACACCCACACACACUGAAGUUAGGACAGGUUAAUAAUGUCAAAUUGUUAUGAAAGCCAAUUUGGAGAGGGAGAAUGUAGGAAUGUCUGAUACUGGAGUUUACCUGAGACGCCAGAAGGUCCACAGGUGUAUAGCAGGUUGCAGUUAGUUUGGCUACUGAGAACCCAGCCUAUCUUCUUUCUUCCUGUUUACCACUCUCAUAAGACGAACAAAAAUAGUAUAAUUCCUUACACGUAGCCAUCCAUAUUAUUUUUAAGAAUUUAUUAAGUUGACAGAUAAAAAGAUGUAAAUGUUGAACAAUGAGUAAAGUUUUUUUCACUUCUCACCUUAAAUGCGAAAGACAAAAUUAUGUGAAAUGGUACUUGGGCAUCAGAAAUGUGGUUUUAAUACUAGUUACUUAAACAACUAUUCAAAGGGCAUACUGCCUGUAAUAGUGAAGAAUUUACCCACACUGCAAAACAAGCUCUGAGUUAAGCUUUAUCAAGUUAUGACUUGAUAAAGCCAUAAGCAGAACGAAACGUUGUCUUACUAAAAGUAUGUUCUGCAACGGCUUCUUUUCCCUUUCUCCUCGUCCACUUCUCUCUUCACUAUACGCUCCUCCCACAGAAUGAGCCUCGCUAGUGGCAGCCCUUGUCGUAUAUUUGAUGUAUGUGAUGUAUCUGAUUUCAGGCGUGUCCCUCCGCGCGUGUGGAUGCAUCUACCAGCUUUACUCUUUAUUUCCUUUAUACUUACACAUCUCUCCUCUUUCCUUCACCCUAUGUCGGCUGUUUUCUAUCUCGAAUAUUUAUUUUUCAAGCUUCUUAAUUGUUAAUCUUUCCUCUCAGCUUCUUUCUCGUUCUCUAGUCUCUAUCACUCUGUUAUCUGUAAGUUUCUAUGUGGACCAGGACUAGAUUAAUAUACAGGUUACUGUAAUGAGCUCAGAAGUAUGUUAGUGAGCAGUAAAGUAUUUAUAAACGGCAGCUAAGAACGCAGAGCAGCUUCACGAAGGUUAGGUAGGAUACUAGUUUUCCAGUCCUGUGUUGAAUGAAGCUUGUUAGUUGAGAACAAUUUAAGAGGAGGAUGGUCCAGGGGCUGUGAAUCGACCCUUCGAGAUACAAGGUGAGAGCUAAAACACACACACACGCAUACACACACAUACACACAUACACACGCAUAUACACAGUUCGUUGUUAACCAUAUUAGACUUGACUCCUCUGAAUUUUAGUGACAUUAAUGGUUUAAAUAGUAAAAGAUUACGUGUAAAAUACUGCUGAAGGGAGUCUCGUGAAGCCUGCUGAAGGGAGUCUCGUGAAGCCUCGUUCUUUAAAUUGAGAGUUUUUAAAAGCAAAUUUCUGUGAUAUAUAUGAAAAGACAAAGUAAAGAUAAAGUAAAAUAAAAAUAAAUCUUAUUUUUUUCCCAACCCAAAGCUGUGUGACUCUUGUGGGUUUACAGCUUAGUUUUGAUUGUAAUAAUUCCAACCCGUAAUGAAAGGCGUAAGAAAUAACAAGUGGAAAAAGGGGAAACUAAAUCAGACGACAAUAAAAAAAUAGCCAUUGAAAUUUGUCGGCGAAAAAAAAGGUUAAAAAUCAGAUAAAAAAUGUAAAAAGUUUUGAAAAACGAAUUUUUAACAUGAAAAGAUCAAGGCUGUUAAAUAAAGUUUUUACGGGAAUUAGGAUAUUAUGCACGUGGCGCUUCGGAUGUUACGUCAUCUAUAUCUAUCUAUCUAUCUAUCUAUCUAUCUAUCUAUAUAUAUAUAUAUAUAUA